CCGCCUUUCUCCUGAACAUGUAGUCGUACGGAGAGUAUGGUGCGGUGAAAGUAUUCUAUAGAUUAAUUAUCCCAGACUUCUCAAGAUGUCCAGAUCUUGUACCGUUUGCCUGAAGUCGCCCCCUGAGGUGACUCUGAAAAAAUGCGCCAAGUGCUCGGUCACACCCUACUGCUCUCGCGACUGCCAGAAGGCCGACUGGAAGGCCCACAAGAAGACAUGCGGCAAGGGCAGUGUUCCGUUGCCGACGGCUGACACGGCCCUCUCGCCGCCCAAAGGGGUCGAGCAGCCCAUCGCAAUACCCUUCACCCGCCUCAACGAAGGCACUUGGCUGCACGACCGCCCCGAGGAGGACGUCUACCGCCUCCUCAUAGACGCCUACCGCCUGCGCGUGGAGGACGACUACACGUUUGACGGUGACGUCGACGACGACAGCCUCUAUGGAGGGGCCUCCAGCGGAUUGGCAGGCUUCCGGCGCUUCCUUCACCUCGCCAGGCAGAGGGAGGAUCUCCUUCCGCCAUGGUGGAGUGACGAGAAGCGGCGGGAGUGCGAGGCGUUCGGCAUGGCUUCGUCCGGGCACUUCCAGGACCUGCGCUGUGCGGUGGAGAAGGGCGACAUCAUCGAGCACUACGGCGACCCGCGCUUCCCAAUGCAGCUGCGCAUGUUUGCCGAGGCCGUCUACGGCCGUGGUCCGGGAGGCCAGGAUGGGACGCUGAUGAGACAGAUGAUGGUGGCUAUGGAACAAGGGACUGCAGGGCCGUUUGCCUCGUUCGCGACGAUGGACAUGCGCACGGGAUCGUUUAGCGGUGUAUAG